AUGAACUCGCGCUACAAAACCCUCCCCAAAUCCUUCAAAACUCCAAACCUCCUCUCCAAAUCCAGCCAAACCCUCACCAAAUCCUUCGCCUCCUCCUCCUCAACCCCGCCGUCAAGCUCGCUCCGCCACCCCAACGAGCUCACCGACCUCCUGCACGCCACCCGUUCGCCCAAAUGCCUCCGCAGGCUGCACGCGCUGCUGGCCGUCGCGGGCGCGGUCUCCCGGGACACCUCCGCCGUCACGGCGCUCGUCGACGCCUACCUCUCCUUCGCCAUCCCGGGCUCCGCGGCGUCGCUGUUCGCCGGAGCCCACCGCGCCCGCCCCACCGUGUACGCGCUGAACCUCGCCGUCCGCAGCUUCUCGGCGCACGGCUUCCACCGCGAGCUCCUCGACCUCUACCGGGGCGCGCGCGCCCUCUGCGGCUCCGACAACUUCACGCUCCCGCCGGUCGUCAAGGCGUGCACGGCCGUCGGCUGCCUUCGGCUGGGGAGGGAGGUGCACGGCAGAGUCCUGCGUGCCGGCCACGGCGGCAACGUCGGCGUGCAGACCGCCCUCCUCGACAUGUACGCCAAGGCCGGGCGGAUUGGCGCGUCCAGGACGGUGUUCGACAGCAUGGCUCACAGAGACUCGGUUUCCUGGAACGCCAUGAUCUCGGGGUACUCUCUCAACGGCUGCUUCCCAGAAGCUGUCGAGGCUACGCAACAGAUGCAGCGGGACGGUAUCCGGGCGAACGCGAGCACCUUGGUUGCUCUCGUCGGCGUGUGCAGUGCCGUCGGAGAUUCAGAAGCCGGUGAUUCGCUGCACGCGCUUGCGAUGAAAUGCGGGGCGCUCGCCGAUGAAUCCCUCGGACCUUCCUUCAUCUCGAUGUACGCCGCGUUCGAAAACCUUUCCUCGUCUAGGUUGCUCUUUGACCUGCAGCCCGGAAAGGAUCUGGCAUCUUACAACUCCAUGAUCUCAGCGUACAUGCAGCAUGGCAAGUGGGAGGAAUCGUUCGAGGUCUUCAGGUUGAUGCGCCGCGCAGGGCUUGGGCCUAAUUUGGUUACACUGGUAUCUGUGCUUCCAACUUGCAGUGAUUUUUUGGGGGUCAACCUCGGUGACUCUGUGCAUGGCAUGGUUAUCAAGUUCGGCCUCGCAGAGCAGCUUUCUGUUGUCAGUGCUCUUGUUUCAAUGUACUCUAAACUUGGGGAACUAGAUUCAGCUGUGCGACUUUUCUGCACUUGUACCGAAAAGAACGGUCUCCUGUGGAACUCCAUGAUUUCUGGGUACCUUGUGAACGGCAAAUGGGGCAUGGCUCUUGAUACAUUCCGCAGGAUGCAAACUGAAGGUGUUGCACCCGAUGCGACAACUGUCGUUAAGGUGAUCUCCGGAUGCAGGCACAUGAAAGAUUUACGUAUGGCCAAGUCUGUCCAUGCAUAUGCUGUUAGAAACAGAUUUGAACUGAACCAGGGCGUGAUGAAUGCACUCCUUGCUAUGUACGCUGACUGUGGAGAGCUCUCAGAUUCAUGCAAGUUAUUUCAGAAAAUGGAAGCACGCAUGUUAAUAUCUUGGAACACGAUAAUAUCUGGUUAUGCUGAAAUUGGAGAGACCGAGGCUUCUGUAAGACUGUUCCGCCAGAUGCGCCAAUCAGGCCUGCAAUUCGAUGUAGUAACCCUGAUUGGCCUUAUCAGCGGUAUUUCUAUGGCUGAGGACGCCGCAAUUGGAGAAUCACUUCAUUCGUUGGCAGUUAAAAGCGGAUGCAAUGCGGACAUUUCUCUUGCAAAUACCCUUAUUACCAUGUACAGCAACUGUGGUUCUGUUGAGGCAUGUCAGCAACUCUUUGACAGCUUGUCUUCUAGGAACACAGUCUCCUACAAUGUCCUGAUGACUGGAUACCGUAAAAACAACCUAUCUGAAGAGAUAGUGCCUUUGUUUCACCAAAUGCUCAAGAAUGAACAGGAGCCAAAUCAUAUUACAUUACUGAAUUUAUUGCCUGCUUGUCAGAGCCAGUCCCAAGGAAAGUCUGUUCACUGCUAUGCAAUUCGGAAUUUUUUGGGGUUAGAAACAUCUAUCAUCACGUCAGCCAUUUGUAUGUAUAGUAGGUUCAGCAAUGUAGAUUACAGUUGCAAACUUUUUAAUUCGAUUGGUGAAAAGAACAUCAUAGUAUGGAAUUGCAUCUUAUCGGCCUUUGUUCAGUGCAGGCUGGCUGAUAAUGCAUUUGAUUUCUUCAGGCAGAUGUGCUUCCUUAAUGUAAAACCUGAUGCAGUAACUAUGCUGGCACUCCUAUCAGCAUGUUCGCAGAUUGGAAAUGCAGAUUUGGCAGGAUGUGUUACAGCUCUCAUACUACAGAGCGGAUUUGGUGGAACCCUUACGGUCGUCAAUGCUCUCAUUGACACGCAUUCAAGGUGCGGAAGCAUAUCAUUUGCAAGAGAGCUCUUUGAUAGCUCAGUGGCAAAAGACUCCGUCACCUGGAGCUCAAUGAUCAACUCAUACACUUUACAUGGGGAUGGCAAGUCUGCCCUUGAACUUUUAUCGAUGAUGAUAGGCUCAGGAGUAGAGCCAGAUGACAUAACUUUUGUUAGUAUCUUGUCAGCUUGCAGUCAUAGUGGCCUUGUAGAUCAAGCAAGAGCAUUGUUCAAAUCACUACAGAUAGACUACUGCAUCACACCAAGGAUGGAACAUUAUGCAUGCAUGGUGGAUCUACUGGGUCGGACUGGCCACCUGGAUGAAGCCUAUGAUAUUGUUAGGUCAAUGCUGUUUAGGCCAUCAGAAAGUUUGCUCGAGUCAUUGCUUGGAGCCUGUAGAUUCCAUGGAAAUUCUAAAAUUGGUGAGGCUGUGGGGAAACUGCUCAUUGAUUCUUGCCACAGUAAAUCACGAUCUUAUGUCAUGCUUUCUAACAUCUAUGCUUCAGCUGGUAAAUGGAAUGACUAUGAGUGGCUACGGUUAAAUAUGGAAGCAAAAGGACUGAGAAAAGAUGUUGGAAUCAGCUCCAUUGAGUAA